AAUCGAGGAACCGAACUUGGCAAUCAAUUGGAAAGACUGUACCAGGUGACAAGUUGCAGUGUGGUUCGUCGAAUGACCCGGAGUAACCACCAUUAUAGCGACAAUGGUAACAAUGUAGGAAAUAAUCACGUGAACACAGGAGUAGGUGAAUUGUGGAUAGACAAUGAUGCACUAAGGUAUCUGCCUCAGGGAAAAAUGGAAACAGUUUAUCGAUAUACAGGUGAUAACAGCUAUGCGAACACUGUUGCAGAAAAUCAUAGCAAUGGAACCAAGUCCUCGAGAUUGGUUGGUGGCACGAUGUUGCGCAAUUCUGCAAGCCUACAGACCUCGGAAGCUCCAACCAGUCUAGCAACACCAACUGUCAGUGCAACGGACGAAGAAGAGAUUAAGCCCCAGAUAAAUCAAACUCAAUCAUUCAACGACUUGAUGAACUUUCUAGCUUUAUAUGCAAACUUUACGGAAGAAGAUCGCAUCGCAAUGGGUCAUGAUGCUACAGGAUUUAUAAGAGCUUGUACAUUCAGCGGCAAGUCCUGCAGUAACAUUACAUUAUUUUUCAAAACCAUCUCGAGUACUAGCUACGGUAAUUGUUUUACUUUCACCACAACAAGGAGGACAGUAAUGCCAGGCAAAGACUAUGGACUCUCUAUGGAAUUGUUCCUGGACCAGUCAAAUUAUAUUGGAGGAGGACUGAGUCCCAGAGCUGGAGCACGGGUUGUUGUGCAUCCUCCUUCCCAAUUUCCCCUACCAAAUGAGAAUGGAUUAACAAUACCACCGCACACGGCCACCAGCACUGCUCUCGUACAGGUCCAAGUUACCAGAGAGAAGCUUCCGUAUAUAACGAACUGCACCUCAGGAUGGGAACGAACGUGGUACGAAGCGAAGGUUGGAGAUGCUUACAGAUAUUCGAUGGAGCAGUGCCAACGUAUAUGCUUGCAGCUUGCAUUUGAAGAUUUCUGUUCAUGUACACAUCCAAUUUACAUGGAUAUAUCCACAGGUGUAUCGCCUUGCAAUUUAACAUCUGACAAUCGGGAUUACGCCUGUGUUGGCCGGGUGCUCGAAGAAUUUGAAACACGAACACGCGAGUGUAGCUGCAAUAUGGAUUGCAGAGAAAUUACUUACAAUAUGAAAAUUUCCCAAGCUGCAUGGCCGAAUGAGAAUAACUGGUGUGACGUAGCUCAACGUUUUGGUAUGGCAAGAGCCUGCAAGUAUGAGAAAUAUCGGUCAGAUUAUCGGGUCCGUGAAAAACAACUUCUUCUUCAGAACGUUUUAACGAUAGACGUAUUUUUUAAAAACCUCAGAGUUCAAUCUAUCGACCAGCAUCCAACUUACAAGUUGCAAAGUUUUGUCGGCUCUCUCGGAGGUGCCCUAAGCUUGUAUUUGGGAAUAACGCUGUUUAUGCUUCUGGAGGUAUUCGAAGUAUUUGUGAGGCUAGUCUUUGCAUUAUUUUACCGUGGCUGCUGUUUUUUUUACCAGAGAAAACUCACAGGGCCGCAUAAUCAGAGCCAUCGGUGUACGGUUCCGCAACAGGGAAUUUUUUACACAGGUUAGAAAUUAUUUAAAACCUUGUGGACCUGUGUCUCAUCAGUUAUAGCAUACGAAGCUG